AAUUUUAGCUGUCAAUGUCAUCUUUAGUUAAAAACUUUUCCCGCUCUUUUUGUAUGGCAUUGGCAUAACAUUACCUUUAUUUCCUUUUACAAUAACCUUUUCAAAUUGUGUUUUAAGAUUAAUUUUUAAUAUAAUAAUAAUUUGGAUUUUUAGAAUUAGUGCCUAAUCGUGUAACAACCACUAAGUAUGGAUCUAACAAAGGAUCUUUUGGAACACGAUGAAUAUCAGUAUUUAAAACUGGUAAAACAAAUAAUCGACACAGGUGACAAAAGAGUCGACAGAACUGGCGUUGGUACUUUAUCUAUUUUCGGGGCUAUGCAAAGGUAUUCCCUUAAAAAUAAUACCUUGCCUUUACUUACUACUAAACGAGUAUUUACCAGAGGUGUCAUUGAAGAGUUACUCUGGAUGAUAUCAGGUUCUACUGAUGCUAAAGUACUUGCUUCCAAAGGUGUACACAUCUGGGAUCCUAAUGGAUCUCGACAGUUUCUAGACAACUUGGGAUUUACAGAAAGAGAAGAAGGGGAUCUGGGCCCAAUUUAUGGUUUUCAAUGGAGACACAGCGGAGCUAACUAUGUUGAUUGUAAAACUGACUACACAGGUCAAGGAGUUGAUCAAUUGAAAAAUGUCAUUGACACAAUUAAGAAUCGCCCUGCAGAUAGAAGAAUGUUAAUAUGUGCAUGGAAUCCAUCCGAUCUGAGUAAAAUGGCUUUACCUCCAUGUCAUUGUCUUGCUCAAUUCCAUGUAUCAAAUGGAAAACUCUCUUGCCUGCUGUACCAAAGGAGCGCAGAUAUGGGUCUGGGAGUCCCUUUUAACAUUGCCAGCUACUCUUUCCUCACACAUAUGAUUGCACAUAUCACUGGAUUAGAGGCUGGUGAAUUUAUUCACACAACAGGAGACACCCAUGUAUACUUGAAUCAUAUAGAACCAUUGAAAGUACAGCUACAAAGAAUACCUACAGCUUUUCCUACAUUGGAAUUUGCUCGCAAAAUUACUUCAAUCGAUGAUUUUAAAUAUGAAGACUUCAUAAUCAAAGGAUAUAAACCACAGCCUAAAAUAGAUAUGGAAAUGGCUGUUUAGAACUUACAAAAAAUAUAAUGCAAUGUUGCCAGAUGUAUUACAAAUUAUCUGUUUAUUCUACUAAUUUACAAUAAUAACCGUCUUCCUGCCUAAUUACGUAUUUUCCUGUAAGUGUGAUGUUAUUUGUGAAAGGAAAUAAUAAAUGGGAAAAUGUAACAAUUUCAUGUUUACUGGUUGAUGCUUGGUAUAUUUUUUUGAUUGCUAGACUAUCUACCUACAUUAAACCAAACAAAAUUGGCAAGUUGAAAAUAUUCUUUAUCAAUACAACAACAUUUAAUUAUUAGGUGUUGAUCCAUGAAAUAAUUUUAUUACAAUACAAUAGCUGUAGGUCUGAUAAUUGUUAAUUAAGAUUAAAAUCAAAACCUGAUUUGUGUUUUUAUUUUACAAAUCAUUUUGACAUCAAACAAUAAAAAAAGUUCAAUUACAACUUGUAAACUAUAUAUUUUUUUACAAUAGCCUUCUUUUAAAAUGAUAGUGAUAAAACAUACUUAAUCAAAUAGUCUUUUUAAUCAUUAAAAUUAAACAAAAUUUUAUUAGCUUUUACACGUCUACAUCUAGCACUUGUGUUUCUUUUACUAUAUUUUGUGUACCUAUUUACCAAUAAUAAACAAAUAUAUAAGUACCUAGUAAUGGCGAUAACAAUAUGUAGACUGUCAGAAGGACUCUGUGGUAUUCAGUCAGCAUAGCUUUAGACAACUAUAGUAAUAUAGAUUUUGCCCCUUACAAAUAUUUUUUACCAUUACUAUAAUAAAAAAUCCAAAGACAAUGGAAUAUUUUUUAAUAUACCUAUAUUGUCACAAGUAUGGGUUCAUUAAUGAGUUAUUUAUGUAUUCAAAAACAGAACCUGAGUUAUAUUAUUUAAUCAUUAUACUUGCUUAUUUAUACUUUAAAAUUAAUUCCCCAUAUUACAUUCAUGGCAAUGCAAUCUAAAAGUAAUUAUAAUUAACCCUAAUAAAAUUAUUACAUUUUGUAAAAUUCAACAAUAUCUAACAAAUUCUUAAUUUGUUGUCUUACAGCUAAUCAACAUCAUGUGUAUAAUAAUGUAUGAUUUGUACAUUAUUUUCCUUCCAUUAGAAGUCUUUAAUUUGUAUAGCAAAAUUUUUACAUGCAAUGAAUUGCUGAUAGCAACUGAAAUUACCCAAAUUUGUUUUUGAAAAAGCAAGUUGUAUAUUUUUUGAGAAAAUUACAUACUAUACAUAUAACACAAAACAUAUCUUAAAUUUAAAUGUAGAAUGUAACUAGUUCUAAGCUUCAAAUUUUAACUAAAUUCAAUUGAUUGCAGCAGCCAUGUUUUGUUAUAAAACAUAAUGUACAUUACAAUAGUAAACUUACAAAACUGAUAAAAAGAAAAUGUGAUUAUUCUUUGGCUAAUUCUUAAUAAUCUUAGAAGGAAAGCAAUGACAUACAACUGCCCAUUAACUGCUUAAUAAAUAUAAGUAACAUAAUCCAUGUUAGAUUAAUGAAAAUUUUACAAAACAUCUUGUGACUGCUAUUCAUCAACACAUCUGAUCAUCUUGGGGCGGCAU